UUUACAGUGUAUUAUCACUAUAUGUAGAUCAUUCAUGGUUCAUGAUUUUAUAUUAUUAAAAAGUAACAUAAAAAUCAUAUUUUUUAAAAUCAAUAAAAAUGUUACGAAAAUUUUAAAUAUAUAAAUGAGAAUUAUUGUUAAAAAUAAAAAAUAUUAAAAAAUACUAUUAAAAAAUAAAAAAAUAAGAAAUAUGAGUGGUAUGUGUCGAUAUUUAAUAAUAUCACGAAAUAUUUUUCUCCAUUGUCGAAGACAAGACUUCGUUAUUACUUCAUCUUUUGUAUCAUAUUUAUCUUCUAAACAAACACGUAAUAAUUCAAAUGUUGUGGUACCAGUAAAACUUGCAUAUGUUUCUUAUGAAUCAAUGGAUGGAAAUAAAAAUGCUCUUAAACAUCCUAUAAUAAUAAUGCAUGGUCUUUUUGGUUCAAAGACUAAUUGGAAUACAUUAUCAAAAACAAUUCAUCAAAAAACAGAUCGUAAGGUGAUAACUAUAGAUGCAAGAAAUCAUGGAGAUUCCCCGCAUUCUACAAAUAUGACAUAUAGUCAUAUGGCACAGGAUGUAGUUCAACUUAUGAAUGAUUUAGGAUUUGAAAAAUCUAUAUUAUUAGGACAUAGCAUGGGUGGUUCAGCAAUGAUGUAUGUAGCUUUAAAUAAUCCAGAACGAGUAGAGAAGUUAAUAGUAGUUGAUAUGUCUCCAGUGAGGACCAGUCCUCAUCUUAAAGACAUGAAUAAAAUAUUCAAAACAAUGAAUGCAAUAAAUUUAGAAGGAAUCAAAACAUUGACAAAAGCACGUAAUAUGGUAAAAAAUCAACUUGCAAAUGUUAUUAAACAAUUCGCUAUAUGUGAGUUUUUAGCAAUGAAUUUAGUAGAAGCAGAUAUUGGAAAAUAUAAAUGGCGAGUUAAUUUACCCAUAAUAGAAAAAAAUUUUCCACAAAUUGCUACUUUCCCAGAUAUAGGAUCAAAAUUUUAUAAUGGACUUACAUUGUUCAUAGGUGGUUCUAAUAGUGAUUAUAUAAAAAUAGAAGAUCAUGAUAAAAUUAAACAGUUAUUUCCUUCUGCUCGUUUUACUUAUAUAAAUGGUGCAAAUCAUUGGGUACAUGCAGAUAAACCAGCAGAAUUUUUAAAAAUAACAAUUAAUUUCAUUAAUGAAUCAUAAUUUAUUAUUAUUUUAUAUAUAAAAAAGUACACAGUAUGUUUUGUAAAUAUAUACAUUUAUUUGUGAAUCUUAUGACAUUAUAUAUAAAACAAGAAAAAAUAGUGAAAUAAAAUAUAAUUUUAUGUAGUAUAAAU